CAUUCAGGAGCAGCCAGUAGUAGCCAGAAGCAGCUGAGGCCACUGAAGCCCACGCGGCUCAACGCUAACUAGGCGACAUCCUGGCCAUUUCGCAAUGAUUUCAUGCACGAGCUCGGCCAACGACGAACACCACUGAGCAGCAGCAUCAGCAGCAGCAGCAACAUGACAGAUGUGUCAGCGGCAGCUGGCGGCGCCACAGCUCCGGCGGAGACCGCCGCCACGUCGUCAGCAUCCAAACCGCUGACCAAUGGCGCCAACAAGACGUCAACGGCAAUGGCAACCCCAACGGCAACGCCAACAACAGCUGCCACCGCAGCAGGAGCGGCAGAGGCAGGAGCUGUCGGUGCCUCGGUGGCCAGCACAAGCAAUCAGGUCAAAUUGGAGCACCACCACCGGCAGAGCAAUAACAAUCGGCCAGUGGUCCCAUUUCCACACGUGCCCGCUGCCAAACCCGCUCCCGCAUCUGCAGCCACUCCCGAAACCAAAUUCAGGUCUACAUCCCGUGAGUUGGACGCCGCCUCGAGGCCAACACCUACGAGAAGUUCCAUCAUCAGUCCCGGCAUCAGCAUUCAUACCCAAACGAUGCCGCAGGAGAAGAGCAGCGCCAAGCCGGGCAUGUCCUCCGCCCAGCAGGAUGUCGAUGAGGUGGCUCGUCUGUUCGAGGAGAAGCCGGAGGCCUUCGAGAAAUGGUUGACGGAGAGGGCACCACCCGAGGCACUCAGCCGCCUGCAGGAGUUCAUCGAGAGCCGGAAACCGCUGAAACGGCCUUCGGUCACCUCGGAUCUCUUCCAGCAAUGGAUGUCCUCCUCGCCCACAGUGCAGCAGAAAUCGCCGAGGAGCCUCUCGAACUCAUCGGCCUCCUCUUCGCUGCCGGAAUGCCGGCGCCAUUUGAUGGACCUGGAUGAGGGUGAGCUGUUCAUGGAGCUGAUUCGCGACGUGGCCAAUGAGCUGGACAUCGAUGUGCUCUGCCACAAGAUAUUGGUCAAUGUGGGGCUGCUCACCCAUGCGGAUCGCGGCUCCCUCUUCCUGGCCAAGGGCACGCCCCACAACAAGUACCUGGUGGCCAAGCUCUUCGAUGUAACACAAAAGACAGCACUCAAGGAUGCGGUGAAGCGGGCCAGUGCCGAGGAGAUUAUCAUUCCCUUUGGCAUUGGCAUUGCCGGAAUGGUGGCCCAGACAAAGCAGAUGAUUAACAUCAAGGAGGCGUACAAGGAUGCCCGAUUCAAUUGCGAAAUCGAUCUGAAGACCGGCUACAAGACGAACGCCAUCCUCUGCAUGCCCAUCUGCAAUUACGAGGGCGACAUCAUAGGCGUUGCCCAAAUUAUCAACAAAACGAAUGGAUGCAUGGAAUUCGACGAGCAUGAUGUGGAAAUCUUUCGCCGCUAUCUGACUUUCUGCGGCAUUGGCAUACAGAAUGCCCAGCUCUUCGAGAUGUCCGUCCAGGAGUACAGGCGCAACCAAAUCCUCCUUAAUCUGGCCCGCGGCAUCUUCGAGGAGCAGAACAAUCUCGAGUGCCUGGUGACCAAAAUCAUGACAGAGGCCCGCGAACUCCUCAACUGCGAACGCUGCUCCGUGUUCCUCGUGGACCUGGACUGCUGCGAGGCGAGCCAUUUGGAGAAGAUAAUUGAGAAGCCCAAUCAGCCGGAGCAGCGUCCCACUCGCGCCAUCAUGCCCGGCGACAGCUUCGACGAGAAGCAGAAAAUGCGCAACCGCUUCACGGUGCUCUUUGAGCUCGGCGGGGAGUAUCAGGCGGCCAGUGUGUCCCGCCCCUCGACCACCGAGCUGAGCACCUCGACCCUGGCACAGAUUGCCCAGUUUGUGGCCACCACCGGGCAGACGGUCAACAUAUGCGAUGUCCACGAGUGGGUGCGGGAGCACAACCAGAUACGGGCCGAGAGCGAGAUCGAUAGCACCCAGGCCAUACUCUGCAUGCCGAUUGUGAAUGCCCAGAAAACGGUGAUUGGUGUGGCCCAGCUGAUAAAUAAGGCCAAUGGGGUACCUUUUACCGAGUCGGAUGCCUCCAUUUUUGAGGCCUUUGCCAUCUUCUGCGGCCUGGGCAUCCACAACACCCAGAUGUACGAGAACGCCUGCAAGCUGAUGGCCAAACAGAAAGUGGCUUUGGAGUGUUUGAGCUACCAUGCCACAGCCAGUCAGGAUCAGACAGAGAAGCUCACUCAAGAUGCCAUUGCCGAGGCAGAGUCCUACAACCUGUACAGUUUCACUUUUACGGACUUUGAACUGGUGGACGAUGACACUUGUCGGGCCGUGUUGCGGAUGUUUAUGCAAUGCAAUCUGGUCUCCCAGUUUCAGAUACCCUACGAUGUUCUCUGUCGUUGGGUGCUGAGUGUCCGCAAGAACUAUCGUCCUGUAAAGUAUCACAAUUGGCGGCACGCUCUCAACGUGGCCCAGACCAUGUUCGCCAUGCUUAAGACUGGCAAAAUGGAGCGCUUCAUGACGGAUCUGGAAAUACUGGGCCUGCUGGUGGCGUGCCUGUGCCAUGACCUCGACCAUCGCGGCACCAACAACGCCUUUCAGACCAAGACCGAGUCCCCGCUGGCCAUUCUCUAUACGACCAGCACGAUGGAGCAUCAUCAUUUCGAUCAGUGCGUGAUGAUCCUCAACUCCGAGGGCAACAACAUAUUCCAGGCCUUGUCCCCGGAAGACUACCGCUCCGUUAUGAAGACUGUGGAGAGCGCCAUUCUAUCCACCGAUCUGGCGAUGUACUUCAAGAAGCGCAAUGCCUUCCUGGAGCUGGUCGAGAAUGGGGAAUUUGAUUGGCAGGGCGAGGAAAAGAAGGAUUUGUUGUGCGGCAUGAUGAUGACAGCCUGCGAUGUCAGUGCCAUAGCCAAGCCGUGGGAGGUGCAGCAUAAGGUGGCCAAGCUGGUGGCCGAUGAGUUCUUCGAUCAGGGUGAUCUCGAGAAGCUGCAACUAAAUACUCAGCCAGUGGCCAUGAUGGACAGGGAGCGCAAGGACGAGCUGCCGAAGAUGCAGGUGGGCUUCAUUGACGUCAUCUGUCUGCCCCUGUACCGCGUGCUCUGCGACACCUUUCCUUGGAUCACGCCGCUGUACGAGGGCACCCUGGAGAACCGUCGCAACUGGCAGGAUCUGGCCGAGAAGGUGGAGAUGGGCCUGACCUGGAUCGACCACGAUACUAUCGACAAGCCCGUGGAGGAGUUUGCCGGUUGUGCCGAUGAGGAGAUCAAGGACAUUGAGUUCACGGUGACCACGCUCAACUGCAAUCAGCAGGCGCAGCAGAAUGUGGCAGGUGCUGGCGGCGAUGACAGCCACACGCCGGAGCAUCAGCGGAGCGGCUCUCGGCUGAGCAUGAAGAAGACCGGGGCCCUGGGCAAGGCCGUCCGCUCGAAGCUCUCGAAGACGUUGUACAACAGCAUGGACGGCUCGAAGCCGAAGACCUCGCUGAAGCUGCUCGAGUCGCAUGUGAGCGAGGACAUGGACGACAAGAGUCCGACGAGUCCCUCACAGCCGCAUGCUGGCGGUAGCGUGGGACGCAUGUCCGCCUCGUCCUCCACCUCGUCCGCCGGCACAGUGGUGGACAAGUCCAAGAAGCGCUCCAAGCUGUGCUCGCUCUUAUGACGAAAGCCCUCCAAUUAGAAUAUGGCGACCCCCUCCAGCACCUCUGGCAGUGAGACUGACAAGUGCGGAGGGGGGCUGACAGAGUUCUAAUUGGAGAGAAGAUCUCCAGAUCUCACCAGAGAUCUCUGAGUGUAUUAACUCUAGGGUACCCUACCACACUCUAACCUGUAGCUACUACUAUUUGUAUGUCUAUAAGUGGAAAACUAUCCACAAUAACCCACAAUACCACAUACCACAAGACGAGCAGGAGAACGUUUCGGAGGAGUAGGAAGAAAAUGCAGUUGCAAUAUUAACAUAAGUGAAUGUCAAAAUAUGUGAUCUAUUUAAGGUCCCGAAGGU